AUGCCUGCCUCAGCCUCUCCAGGCCAUACUAAGGUCAAGGAUCACACUGUUGAUCUGCCUCUCGCAGUAAGGAUGGCAGAGCGAUCAAUCACUCCUCUCACAACAUCAACAACAUCAACAUCAAGCGGCGACAGAACUCCAACUUCAGGGGGCGGCGGUGAAAGGAGCCCAACAACAUCAAUCGGAGGCAGCAUACUGUCCACAAGUUCAAAAGGACUUACUGUGGAUGAGAUGCUAGAGAUGUAUCCCAAGCAGCAUGUGGAGUGGGCUAUUCACAGCCCUGAUUAUGUUGGCGCAAGAAACCGACGGGUAAAAAAAUACGACGAUAUGAUUGCCAGAGGUUCCAACGUCGAACUUGCCGCCCGGGCACGCGAUGAAUUUUUGGCGCGAACACCGUCAGAACCUCCGAUCGACCCUGGUGAGCCAGCUGACCUCGACCCUGAGGUCUUGCGGAGGAUCAGAGUUCUGAAGUACAUGUACCGUGGUUGCCGUGUGGUCCGUCCUGCAACCAUCCUCGACCUUGAUCCUUCGACGAUUUUCCCCGAAACUGCCGUAAAUCGCGACGCUGUCCUGAGCGCUUAUCGCCGUGGUGAUCUCAACGUGGUACCUGGACAGGCUACCGUAUGGUUUGCGGGCAACUUGGUUGCUGGACCCCUACCGAGCAGUGGAUUUACCGAAGAUUACCUUGCAAAGAAUAUCCCCGGGUGGCGAGAAAAGUAUGGCCAUGGUCAUGUCUGGACGGAGAAUCCACAUGAAGGAACACAUCGCCAGAGAAAGUGCGAAGGGACCAUGCCUGCCAUAGACGAAAUCUGGGCUCACGUUUUCAGUAUCAGGGCUCGCUUGAUAGGUGAAACAGAUUUCGUCACCAUCAAUAACAUUCUCGAUGACACCGGUAGCAGUUAUCUAGAAUUGCUCACAGAUGAUUGUUUUGAUCUUGGUCUCACGGAAACUUACAGUGGGUGGAAACCUGAUGUCUCACUCAAAAUUUCCUCUCACGAAAAAAUUAAGAGGCAUUCCAUCAUGGUUGAAGCUCAACUUCUUCUAGAUGGGGAACCUUUCGGUCCGGUUCUUUGUGUUCGAGCUACGAUUAGCCCCGUAGAUGGAGGCGAGUUGGAACGCUGUUCAGGGAUGGCAUUCAGACGCAACCUCUUUACGGCCACGAGUCCAUAUGGAGGCGGGGAUUUGCAUCUAUCAGAUUUCAAAAAAGGGGUUACGCGUUCUCUCCGCGGCGAUCCGCAGUAA